AUGCUGUGCGUCGUCAAGUCACGGGCGGUCGAGGCUAUGAUGCAAGUUCGGGACGCGUCUCGCAGUGAGAACGGGCGGGUUGGAGGAUGCAGCAGCGGCUGGGGUAUCCUGGCGGGUGAUCGGCGCAUGUGUACCGGUCUCUCAGUCAGCAGUGAGGCAGGCAGACGCUCACCGAUCAACGUCUCUCACGGCAGACGAGGGAGUGGGAGCGGCCGGUGCUCCCGCGCGGAGAUGAGCGGCUGCUUCUUCAGCAACCGCAAAGGUGCCGGCCCCUCGCACCCCCCGCCGACGACCGCGCUCGACUCUGCCACCGAGGAGUCGCACACGCGCCACCUGCUCUACCCCGAGACGAGCACCCUCUUCCACCCCGAGGGCCAGCCCUACCCUCUGCACGCCGCGCCGCUGACGCCCGGCAGCGGCCACGACGGGCCUCUGCCUGAGAUCGACCUCGAGUACCCGCGCGACUGCCGCAUCAUCAUCGCCCAAGAUGAGACGUCUGCGCCCCGCACCAUCCUGUUCGACUCGAAGCCCGCCCCGCCGCGCCCCGAGUCGCCCUCGCUGCCCGCCACACGCCCCAAGGCGCCGCCUGCACCUGCACAGGGCGGCCUGCACGCACGCCGGGCCUCGCUCGUCGCCCAGCCCUCGACGCCGCGCUCGCCCACGGUGGCCGGCUUCACGCGCAUCCGCACCCGCGGCACCUCGAUAUCCUCCAUGCCCAACAUCGACGAGGACGCCCAGGUCCAGGCUCACGCCCAGGCGCAGGCCAAAGCCCAGGCACGCGCGAAGGAGUCGGUCGACCUGGCCAACAUCUGCCUCGACUGCAUGUUCGGCAACCUGGCCAUGAACUACAGGGGCAACUCGAACAAGAUCCACAUCGUGCCGCUCGACGCCAAGCCCGACGCCGCUCUGCUGACCCAGGACGCCACAAACCUGCUGGGACGCGCAGAGGGCUUCCGCCGGCGCAGCAACCUGGCCAAGUCCUUCACCCCCGCGAACCUGCCCGCAGACCUCCCGCGCCACGGCUCGGCCGACAGCAUACCCAAGGAGCCCAAGAGACGCACCAUCUUCAUCACCCGCCUGUUCUCCGUCACAGUGCCAGAUGACCCUCAGGAUGCGCGCACGCCGACCCCCCAGAGUUCCCUGCCCAAGGCCAACGCCUUCCCCUUUCCUGCAACAAGCACCAAGCCGGAAGCGUCCAAGCCUCCCCACUUUGUGCGUCCCCGCAAGAGCCCAAUGUACGCCAUCACCAUCAUUCUGCACCUACCCAUAGCCCAGACCUCCACAGCCGCGAGGCCCUCGUCCAGAAGCGGCCCUCAGAGCACGUCAGCUCACCUGUCCACUUCUGCCCCUCGCCAGGACUCGCUUGCGUCUUCCUUGGAGUCGGAGCGACGCGGAGGGUGGUCCUUCAUUGACGACACCCUGCUCGCCUCGACGCUCAGCAGCGACGUCGACGACCGCGUGGAUGUGGUGGGCCAGCAUUGGGAUGUCAUCAUGCGUGCCCUCUCUAGUCUCCAGUAUGUCGUCCAAGAGCGGAUCCUGGCCCACUUCAAGUCACCAGACCCGUCGUCUCCACCAGUGCCCCACCAGCAUCGUCACCAGCCAUCGCGCUCCAGCCUAAGAGACGCUACGCGUAGACCAUUACGACUGCAGCCUUACGCACUCAUGGUGGAUACAGCGAUCCAGUCUGCUGCAGAGCUGACUGGAAACCGCGUUGUAAGCGGUAUGAGGAUUCCUCGUGUCAUGACUGGCCAGGGGAAAUGGGGUGUCUGGCGCGAGGAGGCCAGAUGGCUUGGUCGGUGGGCUGGAAGGCGAGAGCAAAACUUCUUCUUUUUCAACUUGCUGACCGCCUUUCUGGGCAACCACACCGAAUGGCUCAACGUACUUGGCCCGAAGUGGCACCGUAGGCGCCAUCGGGAACAGCAAAAGGCAACGGCUGGGGAGAACAUGGUCAUACCGAAUCGUACUGUCAUCGUGUCUCCGGACAAGAUGGCUGCGCGGAGACUAGUCUUCUUACUUGCCGCCUUCUUGCCUCCUAAUGCACCUGUUGCUGGGGACAACACUGCUUUGAUGCGUCCGAGCACAUCGACAUCGCUGCGUGCAUACUCUCAGUCUCCUCCUACCAACAUGCCGCCCUCUAGGAAGCAGUCCCUGCGUCGCACGAUCAAUCGGCGACCAAAAGGUAAGACGAGCAUGUCAAACAUACAGUUGCAGCCAUCAGGCCCGAACAGCGCCCAGCCAUCUACAGGCGAUCGCACCCAUGAACGAUCUAGCUCGGCUACGAUCGAGAUUCCCCACGCACAAAGGGCGUCUGGGCAUUCUCGACGGUCUUCAGCUCAUUCGGUUCGCACAAAUCUCGUGAUACCUGCCUUGUCUGAAGGGGCACCUGCCGCAAAAAGCACCCCUGCUCCGACUUCAACAGCUACGCCCCAAACCACAAUUCCUGUCGCUCACUUCACGUUACCCAGAACAAGAUCGUUUGGGCCGGUGCCAGACUAUAGGCCUGAAAGCAGCGAUAGUCUGGCGUCCGUAAAUUUGACUCAUACAUUGCAGAGGAGUGGCACUGGGCAGACCAGCAUUGCUAGCAAUGACUCCAGUAACACAAGUCGCUGGAGCGGAUUCAUGAACUUCUGGGGUGGGCGAAGCGCAUCUUCUACUGACCAGAGUGACUAUCUCCAAAGUACCGACGAUGGGGUAGGUUAUCGUGGGCAGGAUCGAUCUCGAACUCAACUUGAGCAGAUGGUGCAAGAGCUUUCCAUGGACGGCGUGUUCGAAGAAGGUGACAUUUACGACCCACCGACAACUAACAUCAGCGUCACUGACGACUCGCCACCUGAUGCUUACCUGGUUGGCGGUUCUAGUGGAGUGCAAGCAUCAGCAGCACGUCCAAUCCCUGAGCGGCCGCGCACAUUUGACUCUCAGUUGAAGUUGUCGGUCAACGAGAAAGAUGGUGUUAUUGACGUUGACAUUCCUCUUCCUGAUUUUGGCUCUCCUCUUCAGUCGCCACUGCUCGCUGGGUAUGGCUCAGCCUCAAGUCAGAACGGCUCCAGCUAUGGCGAGUCUUCUAUUCUUUCAACACCAUACUGUGCACCUGAACAGCCAGUAAAUGCUGCAGGUUGGCUAAGUCUAUUUCAUCCCGACUUUGCUGUACAGGCUAUCAAGCCAUACAAAGAGCUCGAGCGUGACAUUAAGCGAGCUAUGAGUGCCGAACCCACACCCAUUCAUCCUGCUACUACGCCGACUCUUGAAGCAGGGCCUUCUGAACUCUGGGUCGACGUAUGCUCGGCUCUCAUCGCGGACACAAGCACAUUCAGUAUCAAACGAAUCAGCUUGCGACGUCUGGUCAAGUUGACACCUACGCCAACAUAUCAGCUGUCUGCGAUGGCGCCAACUAUGCCAUCGACUAUGUCAGCCAGUCGCGCUCAUCACGGCAAUCCAUACUCAUUCAGUUCCAGUACGCCGCCCAUGAUGACAGAGAUCCACCUUGCCGAGAAAUUCGUCGAGGAAGCUAUCAUGGACUUCGAUGCGACGCUCAUAGACGGUGUGGAUCGCGUGCUGGCACAGUCUGGUGAGACCACUCGUGUCAACUCUGCACAAUCGUCUCGAUCGAGUUCCAGACGAGGCCGACGCAACACGCGUGCCGACUCGGACGCCUCUCCCUAUGUGGAGGUGUCGCAGAUAGACUGUAAAAGCCUGAUCUUCGACGCGCUCGAGACUGUCGUCAAGAAUGUCACGGCGGAGCGUAACGGCAAGGAGGUAUCGAAAGAUACCAAUAAUGAGAAGAUGACAGUCAAGACUGCGCAUUCAAGGACCGAAACAGACUCGUCGCUCAAGGAGGGCGUUCGACGCUGGCUGACGGAAGUAGAGUGAAAACUCAUUUUUCCAAGAGAAGCCCUGUCUUUAUACGUAUACGAUGAGGGGGCAGCCUUGCGUGCUAUUACGCCAUUUGGUCCUCAACGACGUUUGCAGCCAACACUGCCUCAUCAGUAUUUCCACAACCUAUAUAAUUUUCUUGUGCUUUUGUUUUUUGUUUUCUGCAUUUAGCGGGCGUUGUCGUUCACGGGCCGGUCCAGGCGAGUCGGCCGGGUGAAUAUACCCUUGGGUGGCUGUUUUGAUUUUUUGUGCAGCCUUCUGGCGCUUUUAUGUGCUGGAGUGGGGAUGCAAUGGCAUUCGGUUCUGCGAGCGUGGUUUUCAGUGGUUCGAGUAGAAUCACUGCUAUGCGUUGAUGGGGGUUGCGUUGGGGGAUCUUAAUUCCUCAGCGAGGCUGAGGGGAGGGGUUCAACAUGUGCAAAGAUACAGGCAGUAAUCAAACACUACAUUCAU